UGCGACAAGAAGUGGACUGACUUAGCGUCAAUGCUGAAUAGCCUUGGUGGUUCGGUGAAGAACAUCGACCAAUGGCGCACAGUAUGGAGGGACUUGAAGAGCCGUGCUAGUAUUAAGGUGCGUGAUAGAAAACGAAAGCAGGCAAUGACGGGAAACAAUCCCAUUAAUGAAGAGCCACCCACUGAGCUUGAGAGGCGUGUGAUUGCCCUUGUCGGUAGCGACUAUGUGCAGGGCCAUGAAACUGUUGCUGAAAGUGUGCCAGUGGAAGAGGAACUCCAACUUCGUAUGGAAGAGGGUGAUGAAAGUGUCAUCAUCGAGAUGCCAUCUAUUUCCCACGAAGUGAGCAUUGAGAUGUGCACAUCGACUCCUGUAACUCCUGCAGGAAAAACGCCUCGUAGAGGUGCAAAAAGAAGGCGUGUGGACGGUGGUACCGAGGCCCAAAAAACAUUUUUGGAAAUUGCUCAGACCCAAGCAAAUGCCUUAAAAAUGCUAGCAGAGUCGAGUGCAGCGAAUGUACAAAUAGCAAGUAGACAAGCAGAUGCUUUGAAGUUGUUAGCUGAAACAAGUACGGCGAGUGUGCAGGUAGCGAAAUCGUUGGCCGAAGCUAUGAGCACAAUGGGGGAAGGUUUAAAGGCAAGUGCGGAUGCCUUUAAUAAUUUACCAAACGCUAUCUACCGCAUGUAAAUAUUGUGUAAAUAUGUAGUUUUUUAAGUAAUUUUUUGUUUUAAUAUUUAUGUUA